UUCAGAUAUAUUUUUUUUAUUCGAAGUGGACAAAGAAUAUUUAUAAAUUUCAGUUUAUACAGAUUUGGAACUCUAUAUUAUUGAAGCAUGGAUCAGUAAAACAGCUUUAGUAGUACUUGACUCAAUAAUGCAUCAGUACAUUAUUCAAUUUUCUUCAAUAGUUUCUUUUUCCUCCAGAUAUAAGUGAUGAAUUCCUCAUGACUAACUUACAAUGAAUUGUAAGAAUUAUUAGAUAUUUAUGUUGUUUGAUGAUGCAUUGUUGUUGGAAAACUUUUAUGAAUUAUAAAUCCGUCUAGAGAAUAAGAAAUUAAUGGUGUUAUGAAUCAUAUCUAUAUAUUUUUCGUAUUGUUAUAAAUUUAACAAUACAUUAUAAGUUUAUGUGAACAUUGAAUGUAAAAAAACUAUCCCUGAAACUUAAUUUCAAGCAGUAAUUAUUAUUACAUAUUUAAAAAAUGUAUAUGAAAUAUGUGCUGUAAAAGCUUUAUUCUUCUACUUAUUCUAUUAUUUAUUUAAUUAUAAGUGAAUACCACUAGAUAAAAAUGUAUGUUAUAUAUGCAGUCAAACAACUUGCAAAAUCAAAAUCAAUUGGUCUUGAGUGAAAGAAAAAGCUAUAAACUUAUAUAUGAUUGUGUAGUAGAGUGUUGCAUCUAUGAUGCUAUUUAAAAAUGCCUUCACCUCAUGUAUGUGUGUUUUGUGGUAAAAAGUUUUCUUUGCGACAAGGAUUAAAGAGACAUUUGUUGGUACAUACAAAAGAGAAACCAUAUAUCUGUGAUUUCUGUGGAAAAACAUUUUCUCAGAAGUCUCACUUAAAAAGACAUUUAGUGAUUCAUACAAGAAAGAAAUCUUUUCCCUGUAAUGUUUGUUCUAAAGUGUAUUCUUCACAAAAACAUUUAGAUAAGCAUUUCAUAAUACAUAUAAAGGAGAAGUCAUAUUUUUGUAACACUUGUAGUAAAACGUUUUGUCAGCAACAGUUGUUGCAGAGACAUAUUUUAAUGCAUAUGAAAGAGAAAUUAUACACUUGUGAGUUAUGUAGUAAAACAUUUAAUCGGUUACAAAAUUUUAAGGCCCAUGCAUGUGUUCAUAUCAAAGAGAAAUCUUACAUUUGUGACAUUUGUAAUAAAGCAUUUUCGUGUCUGCGGUAUUUAAAAAUUCAUGCAAUAACACAUACAGAAGAGAAACCAUAUAUUUGUGAAUUGUGCAGCAAAGGAUUUUCUCGUGAUCACCAUUUAAAAUCACAUUUAUUGACACAUACGAAAGAGAAACUGUAUUCCUGUGGUAUAUGUUUCAAGGUAUUUGCUCUUAAACAACAUUUAAAAGGUCAUUUACAGAUACAUAGCAAAGAGAAAUCACACACUAUUGACAAGACACAUUUACAUACAAAAGAGAAAUCACUUGUCUGUGAAAUAUGUAGUAAAACAUUUUCUCGGCAGGGAAAUUUAAAAGAACAUUUACGGAUACAUACAAAAGAGAAACCAUAUGCCUGUGAAGUAUGCAACAGAGCAUUUUCUCACAUAGGAAAUUUAAGAAGGCAUCUACAUAUACAUAUGAAAAAAGAGCCAUAUUCAUGUGAAAUAUGCAACAAAGUGUUUUCUCACCAGGGGAAUUUAAGAAGACAUUUACAGAAUAUAUGUAAUAAAAAUCAUAUUGCUGCAAAAUGUGCAAUAAAGAGUUUUCCUACAAAGGAAAUUUGAGUUUCCUUUAUAGAAUAUUUGGAAGAGAAACCAAAUGCAUAUGAUAUAUUUUAAAUGACAUUUAAACAAAUAUUUACAGAGAUUAACUGAAUAAAAGUCAUAUAUUAUUGAUAUGAGUGGUUAGAAAAUUUCUUGGCUGGAUGAUUUAGAGCCCCAUUCAAUGAAGAUAAAAUGACCAUCAUUAUUUAUUUAAUUAAAAGAAAUGAAAAACUACAGAAUAUGAGUGGAAAGCAAAUCAUAUUUGCAAACAUAUUGGAAUACAUAACAAAUUAAAGAUAUAUUAUUGAAACUAAAAUGAAUCAUUUAUUGCCUUGGUAGGAAAUUAAAAAUGAAAUGGAUAAAAUUGGCAUUUCAAAUGCAAUUGAUUAAUCAAUAUAGAUAUGCCAUUUUAAUUCAAGCAGUAAUAAAUAAUUGAUUUUACUCAGUUUGUAUUUAAAAAAGUGAUUAUUUCAAUAUUGCUUUGCUUUUUUUUAAUUGGUUAUUCAGUUUCACUCUGGAUUCAAAUUGGGUCAUACAUUUCUGUUUUAUUAAUGUCUUCACUAUUAUUAAGUGUUCAGUUUUUGGAAGAAUCUGAAGGAGAUUUGUGCAUGUGUGGAAAAUAAAUAAUGAAGCUUAACUGGCAGUUUUUGUUCAAUAUCAUGAUUCUGAACAAAGCUAUGGCUUGUACUGACCUACCAUGCUGUUUUAUUUUAUAUAUUUCCAAGCUCAUUAAUGUGUUUUUGUUCCACCUUUCUAAAUGGCAACUUCAUAGCUGUUAAUUGGUUGAAACAUUAUUUUGUAGGAAGGACUUUGUUUUGCCUUGAUGGUUUGGAUUUAAAAUUGAUGAUGAGAUAAAAUUUGAUUAAGGCAUGUUUGAAAUUUCAUUUGAUUUUUUUUACUGUCUGAUAUACGAAGUAUACAAAAGAAGCCAUUACUUUUAUAACAAAAAUUCAAAUGUGAAAUUUUACCAAAACUGCUCAAAAUGUGAAAAACAUAUUAUGUCUGUUAACACGAUAACUUGAAAACAUUUUGAGUUAGAUGGAUGAAAUUUGAAAUAUGCUCGUUACUCCAAAUUUGUUGAUUUAUAUCAAAUUUGGGAUGAAAUGCAACCAUUGGAGUUUGACACACCGAAUACAAGUACGCUCAGUAAAUACCAAACAUAGAGAACUUGAUUGAUAAAAUUUGCUACAGAGUUUAAGCAUCUAAAGUGUUAAUCCAUAUCAACUUUUAACCAUAUCUUUCAAGAGUCCAAGGCCAAACCAAAUAUAAUUACUAAAAAUGCAGUGGUUUAAAAUUAAUGAAAUUUGAUUACAAAAAUUAUAGUUUUGUAUCAAAUCAUGGUUUCAGUCCACCAAAAAACAUUCCAAAUGCAUGUUUGAUUAUUUUUACUUUAUUACGAAAUACAAAAUUUUAAUGUACUGAUCUGGAAAUAAAAAUUUGAUUAAUUGUGGCAUUUAUGGCCUUAUCCAAGCCCCACAAUUGUAGGUGGGGAGGGUUAUGAUAUCAACAUUAUUGGAUAUUUGGACUGCAUCCACUAGUUCAAAUUUGAUUUUUUAGGUUAAAAUGUAAGUCGAAAGUGACACAAAGGUAGAUUGCACCAUUUUUCAUUGGACUAUUUUCUCUAAAUUGCUUAAGAGAUGGAGUGAGAUUUCUUUUCCAAUGAGUUAAAGAAAGCUUGGCAUUUCCUACCUUUAAUUUGUCUUCCACUGGUUUAUUAUUUUUCAGUUUAUUUGAUGUGUAUAUGCAAUGAAGUUUUCAGAAAUGAUGCUUUUCUGGCUGUAGGUACAUAAAUUACUGUAUCAUUUGUUGCGUUUGGUAUCCACAUGAUUAAGCAGAUCAUUAAUGUAGUUUUAAAGUAUAGCAGACCAAGUUUAUUUUUACUAACAUAUUACAUGGAGGAAUAUCAAUCUCGUUGCCUUAAAUCUGUGAUUUAAUUUUAAUUAACUUUUAAUCCCUGAAUCCUAAAUUAAUCAUAAUUUUUAUUUAUCAUGACAAUCUUUUAAGCUACAAAAUACCUUCUCUUUGUCCCAAAUGACAUACAAAAUGUGCAUAUAAAGGGACAG